GCUGUUCCAAGUUGAGCAGCCUUGUCCACUUGACCUUGGCAAACGCCUAUCCUGAGAGGAGUAUAUGACCUUGGGGUCAUCCGGGUGCUUUUGCCCAUGUUUCUUUUCGAAGCAUCCCUCCUUUUGCUACAUUCGCCGCCAUGUGGUCUCUCAAGGCUACGGCUCUUCUGGCGCUUGCGCCCUUCGCCCAGCUGGUGUUGGCUCAGACUUCCACCCCGACGACUUACGAGGACCCCGAUACUGGUAUCAUCUUCGACACAUGGAAGGGUACUGGCGCGGACAUCACCUUUGGUGUUGCCCUGCCUUCGGACGCGCUGGAUGUGGACGCUACUGAGUUGAUCGGUUACCUGAAAUGUGGCGGCUCGGGCUGGUGUGGUCUGUCGUUCAACGGAAUCAUGACCAACAGUCUUCUGCUGGCGGCCUACCCCCAGGAUGGCGAGGUUCUCACUGCCCUCAUGUGGGCGACUGGUUACGAGAUGCCCGAUAUCUACGCCGGUGAUGCAGAGAUCACCCAAAUCAGCUCCAGCAUCACCGAUGAUGGGUUCGAGCUCAUCUAUCGCUGCCAGGGCUGCUUGGCUUGGGACCACAAUGGUGCCACUGGCAAGGCGUCCACCAGCACUGGCGGCAUGAUGCUCGGAUGGGCCCUGGCCGCCGCUUCUCCCACCAACCCUGAAUGCCCCCAGACCAUGGUGGUUGCCCAGCACGACACCCAGUUCAUCUUCCGUGGCACCUUUUCCGACAACGUCGUCAACGAGGCUUACGAGGAGUGGGCUGCUUUGGCCACAAACGUCGUAGAGGGCGACUGCGGUGGCGGCUCGGACCCGGACCCGACCACCACCACUGCUCUUCCCACUGGCACUGGCAUUCCGGUGCCCACUGACGCGUCCUACGACUACAUUGUUGUCGGCGGCGGUGCCGGUGGUCUCCCCAUGGCCGACAGGCUCAGCGAGGCUGGUCACAAGGUCCUGCUGAUCGAGAAAGGCCCCGUCUCAACUGGCGAGUGGGGUGGUGAGAUGAAGCCCGAGUGGCUCGAGGGCACCGAUCUCACCCGCUUCGACGUGCCCGGUCUCUGCAACCAGAUCUGGGCGGACUCCUCCGGCAUUGCUUGCCGCGACACCGACCAGAUGGCGGGCUGCCUGCUGGGCGGCGGCACUGCCAUCAACGCCGGUUUGUUCUGGAGGCCCAAGGCCGCUGACUGGGACUACAACUUCCCCGAGGGCUGGAAGGCCGACGACAUGGCGGCGGCCGAGGAGCGAGUCUUCAGCCGCAUCCCCGGUACUCGCUUCCCUUCCACCGACGGCAAGCGCUACCUCGACCAGGGCUUCCAGGUCGUCUCGGGCGCCCUGUCCGAGGCUGGCUGGACAGAGAUCAACUUCUUGGAGGAGCCCAACAAGAAGAAGCAGACGUUUGGCCACGGCCCGUUCAUGUUCAACGAGCACGCCGAGCGUGGCGGACCUCUCGACACCUACCUAAAGACGGCGGCGUCCCGCAGCAACUUUGACAUGUGGACCAACACGCAGGUCAAGCGUGUCAACCGUGAGCGUGGCCACGCCACCAGCGUCGAGGUGACCAACUACAAUGGCGAUGGGUACGUGGGCACGGUCAGCUUGACCGAGGGCACGGGUCGCGUCAUCCUGUCCGCUGGCACCUUUGGAUCCGCCAAGCUGCUGAUGCGCAGUGGCAUCGGCCCUCAGGAUCAGCUUGAGGUUGUGGCUGCCUCGGCCGAUGGGCCAGACAUGAUUGACGAGUCGGAGUGGAUCAAGCUGCCCGUCGGCUACAACCUGGAGGACCACACCAACACGGACACGGUCAUUGCGCACCCCGACGUCGUGUUCUACGACUUUUACGAGGCGUACGACGACCCGAUCCCCGCGGACCGCGAUGCCUAUCUCGAUGAGCGCGUUGGUAUCCUCACGCAGGCGGCGCCCAACAUUGGCCCCGUCUUCUUUGACGAGAUCACCGGGACCGACGGCAUCACCCGCUCUCUGCAGUGGACAGCCCGCGUGGAGCCGUCGCUGGGCCACACCAACCUGACGGCCAUCACCAUGUCACAGUACCUCGGUCGCGGCGCCGUCUCUCGGGGUCGCAUGACCAUCACGUCGUCCCUCAGCACCGUCGUCUCGGACGUGCCGUACCUCAAGAACCAGCAGGAUGUGGAGGCCGUGAUCAAGGGCAUUGAAAACCUCCAGGAAGCCAUGGCGGGCUACGAGGGCAUUGAGUGGCUGUCGCCCAGCCCCGACGAGACGGCGCGCGAGUUCGUCGAGAACAUGGCCGUGUCGCCGUCCAACCGCCGUGCCAACCACUGGAUCGGCACCAACAAGAUGGGCACGCACGACGGGCGCCAGAACAACGGGGACGCCGUCGUGGAUCUGAACGCCCGGGUCUGGGGCACGGACAACAUCUUUGUUGUCGACGCGUCCAUCUUCCCCGGCAUGAUCACGCCCAACCCCACGGCCUACAUCAUCACCGUAGCCGAGCGGGCCUCGGAGAGGAUCCUGGCCAUGGACCCGUCCAAGCCUGGCAGCAAGUACGCGCAGUGCGGUGGGCAGACGUGGACUGGCAGCUACCAGUGCGAAAAGGGGCUGACCUGCAAAAAGGUCGACAACUACUACUCGCAGUGCCUGUAGAGGAAGUUUCUUUCUUUGAAGUAAAUAUUGAGUAUAUAUUUAUAUACAGACGUACAUCUUGUCUCAAGUUAUGUAGCCGUGCAGCACA